AUGAUUUCUUUGAAAUCGGGCUUCAGGACAAGGCUGCGUUCGACCCAAACCCCGUUGGCGAUGGACAGGAGAGGGCCGCCGAGCGGCCCGCCGUCGGCUAGCAGGCAGGUGGCGAUCUGCGACGAUAGGGAAUUGAGGUCCUCGAUCGAAUCGAACAUGAGGAGCUGUUUGCGUGCAGGGCGGCCCGACCCAACCGCGACCAUGGCCAGCACGACAAAUAUACCUGAAAGGAGCUUUACUAUACCAAUGAGGCAAAAGCAUGUCGAUUUGGUUGAUUCAGUCAAAGCUUCGGUCGGUACCGCUCACAUCUUCUCAUCUAUGCAUGUUUCAAGAGAAUGUGAGUACUCUGUCUUCACAUGCUUUACGUUGAAAAAUGUUCUUAUGGGAAAUAAUAACCUAAAAAGAACUUCAAAAGAGAUGAAAAGAGGGGCCCAACCGCCCAAGAUCACUGGUCUGGUUAACACUUCGAUUGACACUGGAAAAAUAUUUCUUCGCAUUGAGUAUUCUCUGUUGGCCGUUAAUCCUUACUGA